AUGACUCAUAUUGAAAACCUGACUCAGCUGAAGGAGUUCCUCAGCGUCUACAACACCCUAACUGAGCGAUGUUUUGGCUCUUGUGUUCGUGAUUUCAGUACAAAUCAGCUUUUACCAGUCGAAGCAAAGUGCACACAGGAAUGUAAGUUCAUUUGUAUUAUGUUUUUGACUUUGUAGGUUAAUUCUCGCUUGUUUCGAGUAUCUUAUACCAUUUUGAUCGCCUUAUUUUGAGGAAAAGUCAACAGGCGUUGGAUUGGCUAAGCGCAAAACAUAUUUCAUCGAGAUUUUGCUGAUAGUUGUACGUUCCAGGUAUUGAUAAACAAAUGCGAGUAAAUCGACGUUUAAUGGUGGUCUUCGCGGAUCUGGCUCCAAAGAUGUUGUUCAAACAACAGGAAGCGAUGCAACAGCAACCUCAGCAAGUUGUCCCUGUUCCUACCCCUCCAGCAGCCGUGGAGAGUGCAAAUUCGACGACCAAAGCAUUACCUGCGGAGACAGUGCAGCAAAAGGUAGCCGAACCACCAGCGAAAACGUGA